AUGGCCAUCAACGAGUUUCAAGUGGAGUCCCACAUCUCUCCAAAACAGCUGAAUAACCAAUCGGUAUCGCUGAUUAUUCCUCGGUUGACAAGAGAUAAAAUUCAUAAUUCGAUGUAUUAUAAAGUCAAUCUAAGCAACGAAUCUAUGAGAGGCAAUACAAUGGUAGAGCUUCUGAAAGUUAUUAUUUGUGCACUUGGCACAGUAAAAGGUCUGGAUGGCCAUUUACACAUGACGGUUCUUGGUGGCAUAGAGUUCAAGUGCAUCUUAAUGAAACUAAUUGAAAUAAGACCAAAUUUGCAGCAGUUAAACUUCUUAUUGAACGUGAAAAAUGCAAACAAUUUUGAUUCGAAAUACAUUAUUGCUUUACUUCUAGUUUAUGUGCGGUUGCAGUAUUAUUAUUUGAAUGACAACAACAACGACAAUGAUGAAGAUGGUUUGAUAAAGUUAUUUAAAGUACAAUUAUACAAAUAUUCACAGCAAUAUUUCAAACUGAAAAGUUUCCCACUGCAUGUAGACUGCUUUGCUCACUCCUAUAACGAAGAACUUUGUAUAAUACACAUUGAUGAAUUAAUCGACUGGUUGGUCACACAGGACCAUAUCUGGGGUAUUCCAUUAGGGAAAUGUCAAUCUUGGAAUAAAAUAUACAGCUCUGAUGAAGAAAGCAGUUCAAGUGAAAGCGAAAGUAACAGCGACAGCGAAAGUGACAGUGACAGCGAAGAUGACAGCGGCACCGGCAGCGAAUCAUAA